AUGCCUGGCACACGAUCAUCUGCCCGUUUGGCUGAAAAGCAGUCGAGCCCCCCUGCUGCUUCUCAAGAAACCAAAGACAACAAGCGCAAAGCCGACGACUCUCAAUCCUCGCCCUCCAAGAAAGGCCGCAAGAACACUGCUGAGCAAAAGACUCUUGAAGAGACCUUCAAGCCCACCGAAGACAACGACACUUCUGAGUCUAAGCCGUCUGGUACUGAGCAGAAGCCUGCCGCCGAUUCGAACGAGCAGAAGCCAGCUGAGCAAGCAUCUGAAUCUGAACAGAAGUCAUCUGAGCAGACUAACGACUCAGAUAUGAAGGACGACAACUCCAUCAAGCAAGUCGGCGAGUCUUACCAGGGCAAGAACAAAGAGGGUGAACCGAAAGAGGAUCCCGAGAAGGCUCUCAAGGACUCUCGUGGCGGCGCUGGUCUCAACACCCUCGAGCCUGAGAACCCCAAGCCCAAGCCCGAGAACCUUCCGAUCGAUGACAUCCACCGCGAUUUCGCCGCAGACCCUAACGUCAAGUCGACGCAAGAGCCCGAGGGCCACGAGUCCAAGACUGACGGCUCUGAGCAGAGCAAGAAUGGUGCAGUCGAGGAGAGUAAGGAUCGUGCUGAGCAAAUGCCCAGCAACAUCCUAGAAAAGGGUAUCAUCUACUUCUUCACUCGAGGCCGUGUCGGCAUUGACGACCCUCAGAGCGUUCAGGACCUGCAGCGUAGCUACUUCGUCCUGCGUCCCCUACCUAACGGCGCAAAGUUGGGUGACGGCGCCAUCGAAGACGUCAAGAACAACCGUCUCUUCGCUCUUCCCAAGAAGGUCUUCCCCCGAGGCCCCAAUGACAAGUUCAUGGUCUUUGUCGAGAGGGCGAAGGCUUCCAUGGAUGAAUUGAAGAAGGACUUUUUCCAAAGCUCAGAAUAUGAAACUAAAACUGCAGGUAACCGAACAACACACCCCAUCACUCCCAUCGGUGAAGGUGUAUACGCAAUCACCGCUACUGGCACCCGCUCCGAAUCACAUCUCGCCUACAUGCUCACAAUUCCUCAAGAGCCCGGUCAAAUGCAAGAGGACGUCGGUAUUCGCUCCAAGGGUAGCUUCGUCUUGAGUCUCAAGAACCCUACUGUCAAGGGUCCUUCAUACGCCACCCUCGACCAGCCCGCAGAGUUCCCUCCUGAGGUCAUCAGAGAGUUCGACAGCCGCAGCUGGAUGCCCGCUCAGCCCAAGCAUCUCGACUACGCCAACGCACAAUGCCUUAUGAUCGGCGAACCCCUAGACGACAGCCACGCACUAGAGGCCACAUCGAAGGAUGCAAAGUCCGACAACACCGAGACACCACGAGAGGAGAUUGAGAAGCUCGAGCACGAGGACGAGCUUCGCGUUGAGCAUCUCAAGGGUGACGACACUGUAUUUGCCGACCUUGGUCUCUCUCACAAGGAGUACCCCAGCGUGCCCACCACCUGGUAA